AUGAACCUCCACUCUCAUCGCCUGCUUUUGCUUCCUCUCCUUCUCUUCUUCACCACUACUUCAACAGCUAACAUAAAACCAGGCUCCUCUCUUUAUGCCUCCAACAGAAGCCAAACCUGGUCAUCUCCAACCAACACUUUCUUUCUAGGCUUUACUCAACUGGGUCCCACUUCCUACACUGUUUCCAUCUCCUAUGGAACUGCUGGAGUUCCCAUCUGGACAACCGUCAGUGUUGUUGGUGGCACUGCCUCUGCAGCUGUCGUUGACAGCGCUGGAGAAUUCCAGUUCCUCCGCAACGGCAAUCUCCGCCUCAUCAACGGUUCAGAUGCCACUGUGUGGACCUCCAACACUGCCAAUCUUGGUGUCACUUCUGCUUCGCUUCAUGACUCAGGAACUCUAGUACUGACAGCCGGCAGUAUCAAUGCCUGGUCCAGUUUUGAAAACCCAACCGACACUCUUGUCCCUUCACAGAACUUAACUGUAAACCAAACUUUACGAUCUGGGGUUUACUCUUUCCGGCUUCUAAGCAAUGGAAAUAUUAGUUUGACAUGGGAGGACAGUGUGGUGUACUGGAAUCAACGCUUAAGUGCUUUGAACUUGACUUCUCCAAGCUUGCAGUUGCAGCCAAAUGGGAUUCUUACUCUUUCAGAUGCUAGUAUGAGGAGGACAGAGAAUGUUGCUUUUGCUAAUGAUUAUGGAGAAGGGGGUGACAUAAUGCGAUUUUUGAGGUUAACUAGUGAUGGGAAUUUGAGAAUGUAUAGUGGUGGAAAUACAACUAUGACAUGGGCUGCUUUAGCUGAUCAAUGUCAGGUUUAUGGAUAUUGUGGAAACAUGGGGAUUUGUAGUUAUAAGGAAUCAAGUUUCAGUCCGAUUUGUAAAUGCCCAUCUCUGAAUUUUGAGGCUGUAGAUGUGAAUGAUAGUAGAAAAGGUUGUAAGAGAAAAGUGGCUGUUGAGGAUUGUGUUGGGAAUGUAACAAUGCUGGAAUUAAAGCAGACUAAAUUUUUUAAUUUCCAGUCUCAGCAAAUUGUUUCCACUGGGAUAACAGCUUGUAGAGGGAAUUGUUUUUUAAGUGCUUCUUGCAUUGCUUCCACUUCUUUAUCAGAUACAAAUGUAUGGUGUUACACGAAAAACACACCUGAUUUUGUUAGUGGAUAUCAGGGUCCAGUGCUUCUUAGUACCUCUUAUGUAAAGGUUUGUGGACCAGUGCAACCAAAUCCUUCGCCUUCCGAGCAGAGUGGUGGGGAUAAAAAGUGCUGGAAAUUGUGGGUUAGGGUUGUUGGUGCUGUGGUUGUAGCCUCUAUUUUGGGUUUGGCUGCUUUAGUGGGUUUGUUUUGGUGGUUUUGUUGUAAAAAAAGUCCCAAAUUUGGAGGUGUGUGGGCUCAGUAUACGCUUCUUGAAUAUGCUUCUGGUGCUCCUGUUCAGUUUUCAUACAAGGAUCUGCAUCGCUGGACGAAGGGGUUUAAGGAUAAGCUUGGAGCAGGAGGGUUUGGAGCUGUUUAUAGAGGAGUUCUUGCCAACAGAACAGUGGUUGCGGUGAAGCAACUCGAGGGAAUUGAACAAGUCUCAGCAGAAAUCAAUCAAAAGUUCUCAGAGUGGGCUUACAGACAGUUUGAGGAAGGCAAUCUGGAGGCAAUUGUUGACAGGAGACUUGCUGAUCAGGAUGUUGACAUUGAACAAGUGAUGAGGGCUGUUCAGGUUAGCUUUUGGUGCAUUCAGGAGCAUCCCUCUCAAAGACCAACAAUGGGAAAAGUAGUGCAGAUGCUGGAGGGAAUUGUAAAGAUUGCAAGACCUCCAGCACCAAAGGCCUUUACUGAAGGAUCUAUUAGUGGAACAAGUGCCAAUUUGAGCAGUAAAGACAGUGGUCACUCCACUAAUGAAGCCUCAGCUCCACCUCCCUCUUCAUCUGAAGCCUCAGCUCCACCUCCCUCUUCAUCAUCUUCAUCAUUUCAAACUGCAAGCAUAUCGCCUUUCAUUUCAGAGAGAAUUAUGGAGAAGCCAUCUUCAUCAUUGUUAGAAUCAUUUCAAAUUAAAUCUCAUUAG